AUGAACCUCCCAUCAAAUGACUGGAGCUGUUGGACUUUAAUAUCAAUUUGUUGCUUAUUUUGGAGAGUGAGUGGAUUGAACCCAUCAAUGAAUUCUAGGCCUAAUAUUGUACUCUUCAUGGCAGAUGACCUUGGAAUUGGAGAUUUAGGUUGCUAUGGUAAUAAUACAAUGAGCACCCCUAAUAUUGAUCGCCUUGCUAGAGAAGGUGUAAAACUCACUCAGCACCUAGCAGCAGCUUCAAUGUGCAGUCCAAGCAGAGCUGCUUUCCUGACCGGCAGAUACCCCAUCAGAACAGGUAUGAGUUCUUCCUUCAAUAUGAAUCGUGUCAUCCUUUGGCUUGGCGGUUCAGGAGGCCUUCCAACAAAUGAAACCACAUUUGCCAAGCUGCUUCAGCAACGUGGUUAUAAGACUGGAUUGAUAGGAAAAUGGCAUCUAGGUUUAAGCUGUGCCUCUCGAAAUGACCACUGUUAUCAUCCACUAAACCAUGGGUUUGAUUACUUUUUUGGGAUGCCUUUUACUCUCCUAAAUGAAUGCCAGUCGACAAAAAGACCUGAGAUGCACAGAGCCCUCAGGAUCAAACUUUGGAUUUCCAGUGUGGCUCUUGGCCUUGUGCCUGUCUUACUUCUGAUUCCCAUAUUUUUUGGAUGGUUCAAAGUUCCAUGGACUAUUGUGAUCAUCACUGCUCUUUUGGCCAUCUUGUUUUUCAUCGCUUGGUAUUCUAGUUACGGAUUCAUUCGUCGUUGGAAUUGCAUCCUUAUGAAAAAUCAUGAGAUUAUUCAACAGCCCAUGAAGGAAGAAAAAGUGACUUCUCUGAUUUUGAAAGAGGCUCUUUCAUUUAUUGAAAAGUACAAACGUGGGCCCUUUCUCCUCUUUGUGUCCUUUCUUCAUGUCCACACUCCACUUGUAACUAAAGAGAAGUUUGUUGGGCGUAGUAAAUAUGGUUUAUAUGGGGAUAAUGUAGAAGAAAUGGAUUGGAUGGUAGGCAAAAUACUUGAUGUUAUCGACCAGGAAUAUUUGAGAAAUAACACACUUGUAUAUUUUACUUCUGACCAUGGAGGUCAUUUGGAGUCUCAGGAAGGAAAAUCCCAGCUUGGUGGUUGGAAUGGAAUAUACAAAGGAGGCAAAGGAAUGGGAGGCUGGGAAGGGGGAAUUCGGGUGCCAGGAAUAUUUCGAUGGCCAACAAUCCUUCCAGCUGGUUUAGAGAUUAAUGACCCUACAAGUCUCAUGGAUAUUUACCCAACAUUGUCUUAUGUUGCUGGAGCAAUGUUGCCACAGGACAGAAUAAUUGAUGGCAAGAACCUGAUGCCUUUAUUACAAGGUAGAGUUUUUCAAUCAGGACAUGAAUUCCUCUUCCACUACUGUGGAAUAUAUUUACACACUGUACGGUGGCAUCAAAAAGACUGUGGUACAGUGUGGAAGGCUCAUUAUGUGACUCCAAAAUUUCAGCCAGAGGAAGGCGGAGCCUGCUAUUGGAGUGGACUUUGUUCAUGUUCUGGGCAUGUCAACUACCAUGAUCCUCCUUUGCUAUUUGAUAUUUCAAGAGACCCUUCUGAAGAGCAUCUUCUUACCCCUGAUAAUGAGGGACUUUUUGAUGCUGUGAUAAAGAAAAUGGAAGAGGCAGUGAAAGAGCACCGGAGAACAUUGUUGCCAGUUCCACAGCAGUUCUCUGUGUUCAACACCAUCUGGAAACCAUGGCUCCAACCUUGCUGUGGGACUUUCCCAUUUUGUGGCUGUGAUGAGGAAGAUGACACUCUGCCUACUGGACUAUGA